AGUCAAUUAUGGAUGGCAGUCUACGAGUCAGAGGUAAAUUUAAUAUUGUUGUGUUAAUAUUCAAAAUUUAGCCAAUUUACUUUAGAUUUACAUGAUGCAUUUGCAAUCAAACCACUGUCUUGUCUAUUUAUAAAGUGUAUUGGAGGUUCUGAUUGACAUUGUGAAUGGUCAGUGUAGUUUCCGAUGCACCGGUCAUUGAACGCAGAUACUGUGCUAAAGCUAGCUAGCUCGUUAACAAGCUAGCUAACGCUAAUUUUCACGUUGUCUUCAAUGGAAAUCACCCACGUUGUUCCCCGGUCUUGAAGCUAGUAGUAGUAGGCUAGAAGAGUUUAGCGAGUAAUGUGAGGAGCCUUUCCAGAGCAGUGGUCCAAUGUUGCUUUAUGGACAGAUUUGAGUUUUCUUUUAAUCCUGCCAUUCUUGGUUCUGAGGGGACCACAGGCUAUGCAGAUUUUAGUUCCAUCGCAGUACCACCCCCCUGGUUAAACCAGCCCUGGCUUUAAUAGUUGAAUCAAGUGGAUUUGUACUGGGCUAAAACAAAAUCAUGCAUGGCCUGGCCGUGUGUGUGUGUGUGUGUGUGUGUGUGUGUGUGUGUGUGUGUGUGUGUGUGUGUGUGUGUGUGUGUGGUGUGACAGUGACAGUGACAGUGACACAAAGAGCUAAUUGACAUUGUUUCAUGAUGUCUGUCCAUUUUUGUAUGAUCAAUGGUGCACAUGAUCUCUCCUCCACAUAGACAUAGCCCACUCUAACCAUCAAGAUGAGUGAGUUGAAGGACUGCCCGCCUCUAAAGUACUAUGACUUUAAGCCAGUAGAGCAUGUGAAGGUGUGCCCCCGCUACACUGCAGUGCUCGGGCGCUCAGAGGACGAUGGCAUCGGUAUUGAGGAGCUGGACACACUGCAGCUGGAGCUGGAGACUCUCCUGUCCUCUGCUAGCCGCCGUCUCAGAGCUCUGGAAGAACAGAGGCAGGUAAGGCAGGAGUCAGUGAGCACAUCUCAAAUGUUUUCAUCAAACAAUUGAGCAGCUUUUAUGUCAUUGGACAGCCUGAGGAUUCAGUUGCCUCUUUACUCUACCUGCUGCUGCUAUACCUCCAUCUGUAAUGUUGGACAGGCAAGAUAUUUUGCUGCCAUAGUGUUUCUGACACUACAAGUGAUAACCUCCCGAGUGGCGCAGUGGUCUAAGGCACUGCAUCGCAGUGCUAACUGUGCCACUAGAGAUCCUGGUUCGAAUCCAGGCUCUGUCGUAGCCGGCCGCGACCGGGAGACAUGGGGCGGCGCACAAUUGGCCCAGCGUCGUCUAAGGUAGGGGACGGUUUGGCCGGCAGGGAUGGCGUUUGCAAUGCCAGGGUUGUGGGUUCGAUUCCCAUGGGGGGCCAGUAUGAAAAAAUAAAUAAUGUAUGCACUCACUAACUGUAAGUCGCUCUGGAUAAGAGCGUCUGCUAAAUGACGUAAAAAUGUAACAUGUAAAUACUUGCCUGAUGUUACAAAUCUUCCUGUCUCAUCCUUAUUUGAUAAGGACGGUUUGUUGGUAACUGGUACCUAUCUUUCUCAGAUCCUCACAGACUGGCAGGAUAAGAAAGGGGACAAGCGGUUUCUGAAGCUGGGAAAGGACGCAGACUUCUCAGCCUCAUCACGUCAUAAACCGAAGAAGCAGAAACUUGAUGGAAAGGGCAGUCAGGGGCCUGGGCCUGGUCCCGGACGACCCAAAUCCAAAAAUCUGCAGGCCAAAGUCCAGGAGUACGAGUUAAGUGAGGAUCCACAGGACAUUCCCCGUAAUCCUAAGAAUGAUGCCCCCAACAGGUCGGUGACAAUCACAUCUCACACAAACAGUGCUCCAAGGCAGUGUUUCACAACCCUGGUCUUCGAAUACCCUCAACAGUAGACAUUUUUGUUGUAGCCCUGGACAAACACACCUCAUUGAGGGCUGCUUCUUCUUCUUCUUUAAAGUUUUAUGGCAAACUACACCUAUUGGUGUAUUGCCGCCACCUACUGUACAGGGUCUUCUUAUUUGAUGUUAUUGCGGACCGCAAACAAAUGCUAUAGGUGCAUGCCGCUACCUACUGUUUUGGGUGUAUAUAAUGAACAAAAUAAAACGAAACAAAAUGAACUAAACUCAAUGUACUCCUUUAUUUUGAUUCAACUGCCAACGCCCAUCCCUACAGGCUCUGGGGCCUGAGAAGGAAGAGCAUCUUAGGACAUUAUUCUUUGCAAUGUUUCGGCAGUGAAGUCCUGGAAACCCAAAAACCUUUCAGCCGCAGAUACUAUUAUGUCCAGUUUCUUGGACUUUUUGUUUGUUUGUGCAGUACAAUUAAUCACAUGCACAAUAAACACCAUAAAAUCUACCUUCUUCACAAUCAGCAUAUCAGUUUCCCUCUGAAUCUCCACAGUCUGCGGAGCGUCCACCCCCAUAUCUUCAGCUCCCUUCGCUCCUUCAACUAUUUCACGAGCCUCAGUGUAAGAGACCUGCUGUAUAGCCCUGACUCUUGCCACUUCAUACUCCUUUUUCCUAACCGGGCACUCCGGGGAAUUUGGAACGUGGUUGCCAUCACAGUAGGAACAUCGGACACCCUCAGAUUCUUCAACAACAUUCCUUCGACACACACUUGAUACAUGUCCAUACCUUUCGCAAUUCCGGCAAAACAACGGCUUGGACACAAAAGCUCUCACCGCAUAUCUAACAUAUCCCAUCUUCACAUGUGAAGGGAGAUACUCUUCGUCAAACAUCAAUAAUACCGACAGUCUUUCUUUAAUCCCCAUCUACGACACAGUUCAGCCGGCGUGCUCCAACUACUCCUGGUAUGCUCCCCGUAAACCACGAGGCCUCCACAUCCAACGCGACGCCAGAGAUGAGACCUUUUAACGGUGCUCUGCUACAAAAAUCUAAACUCUCCACUUCAUAAGUCGAUAGUUUGUCGAUCCUUAAUGCCAUUUCCUUCUGCUCUUUCGACACAAGAAAUCAAAACAAAACCGCUUCUGGUCCCUCUGACGAUUCCACCUUUCCCAAUGCAUCCCUUAUCAUCCUUGAUACUUCAAACAGAUCUCCCACAAAAGCAUAAUUGUUAGUGAACCUUACUCCAACCAGAAACGUAUACUCAUUAACAACUUUAGCCCUUUUUGUUCCAUUUUCCUUUAUCACCUGUCUUCCACUCUUCAGCCAAACUGCAAGGAUCCACUCUCUCCACCAAUCUCACUCCCACUGGGCCAGAAUUAUCCUUGACAUCCUUGGAACGAGGCCCAAACUCGGCAGGCUCCACCGCGGGUACUUCAGGUUCCAUCUCCGAGCUACUAGAUCACGUAUCCCUCUUUUUACACUUGUCGCCUACCACCCCUCUUCCCUCUACACUCAACUCAUUCUCGGCUGUCAUCACUACACCUGCCACAGCAAUUGAUUCACCCUCAGUCUUGUCAUGUUCAAUUUCUUUCUUUAGCUCUUCUAGAAGUUCUGUCCAAUCCUCCAUUCCAUAUUCACUCAGGACAUAUUUCACUUCCAGAAGGUUUGUACAAUACCCCACUCCAUAUUUAUUCAUAAUAUGUUCCAGUUUCUUCCUUUUUCCCUUGUCCGCCAUCUUCUUGAACCCAUCGCCUUAAGAUGCUUUUGGGAAACCGGCUCAUUGAGGGCUUGAUGAUUAGUUGACAAGUUGAAUCAGGUGUGCUUGUCCAGGGUUACAAUAAAAAUGUGUACUGUUGGCGGUACUUGAGGACCAGGGUUGGGAAACAUUGCUCUAAGGUCACUGACAGUGUUUGUUUUUCAUUGUCCCACAUGCAAGAUUUUCUAGUGUAUUUGUGUCUAAUGUUUUCUAGAUUUUGGGCAUCAGUAGAGCCAUACUGUGCUGACAUCACAAAUGAAGAAAUCCGGGUUCUAGAAGAACUCCUGAAGCCCCUGGAUGACGAGGCUGAAUACUACAAGGUACAAUAUUGAAUCCUACCCCUUUUAAAGUUUUGUCAUGUUAUGCUCAUAUCAUUAUAGUAGCUGCCUUAGCUGGCCUCUCCGGUCCCAAGCACUACUAGCCUAUCUGAUAGAAGGUUUUCUGUGACACUUCAGAUAAGAGUGUGAUUGAAUGGUGUGUUACUCAUCCUCUGUUACACAUUUCCCCAAGGAGAGAACAUACAGUUGAAGUCGGAAGUUUACAUACACUUAGGUUGGAGUCAUUAAAACUUGUUUUUCAACCACUCCACAGAUGUCUUGUUAAUAAACUAUAGUUUUGGCAAGUCGGUUAGGACAUCUACUUUGUGCGUGACACAAGUAAUUUUUCCAACAAUUGUUUACAGACAGAUUAUUUCACUUAUAAUUCACUGUAUCACAAUUCCAGUGGGUCAGAAGUUUACAUACACUAAGUUGACUGUGUCUUUAAACAGCUUGGAAAAUUCCAGAAAAUGAUGUCAUGGCUUUAGAAGCUUCUGGUAGGCUAAUUGACAUCAUUUGAGUCAAUUGGAGGUGUACCUGUGGAUGUAUUUCAAGGCCUACCUUCAAACUCAGUGCCUCUUUGCUUGACAUCAUGGGAAACUCAAAAGAAAUCAGCCAAGACCUCAGAAAAAAAAUUGUAGACUUCCACAAGUCUAGUUCAUCCUUGGGAGCAAUUUCCAAACGCCUGAAGGUACCACGUUCAUCUCUACAAACAAUAGUAUGCAAGUACAAACACCAUGGGACCAUGCAGCCAUCAUACCGCUCUAGGAAGGAGACACGUUCUGUCUCCUAACCAUGAACGUACUUUGGUGCGAAAAGUGCAAAUCAAUCCCAGAACAACAGCAAAGGACCUUGUGAAGAUGCUGGAGGAAACAGGUACAAAAGUAUCUAUAUCCACAGUAAAAUGAGUCCUAUAUCGACAUAACCUGAAAGGCCGCUUAGCAAGGAAGAAGCCACUGCUCCAAAACCUCCAUAAAAAGCCAGACUACGGUUUGCAACUGCACAUGGGGACAAAGAUCGUAGUUUUUUGAGAAAAGUCCUCUGGUCUGAUUUAAACUAAAAUAGAACUGUUUGGCCAUAAUGACCAUCGUUAUGUUUGGAGGAAAAAGGGGGUUGCUUGCAACCGAAGAACACCAUCCCAACCGUGAAGCACGGGGGUGUCAGCAUCAUGCUGUGGGGGUGCUUUGCUGCAUGAGGGACUGGUGUACUUCACAAAAUAGAUGGCAUCAUUAGGAAGGAAAAUUAUGUGGAUAUAUUGAGGCAACAUCUCAAGACAUCAGUCAGGAAGUUAAAGCUUGGUUGCAAAUGGGUCUUCCAAAUGGACAAUAACCCCAAGCAUACUUCCAAAGUUGUGCCAAAAUGGCUUAAGGACAACAAAGUCAAGGUAUUGGAGUGGCCAUCACAAAGCCCUGACCUCAAUCCUAUAGAACAUGUGUGGGCAAAACUGAAAAAGCAUGUGCGAGCAAGGAGGCCUACAAACCUGUUUCAGUUACACCAGCUCUGUCAGGAGGAAUGGGCCAAAAUUCACCCAACUUAUUGUGGGAAGCUUGUGGAAGGCUACCGGAAACGUUUGACCCAAGUUAAACAAUUUAAAGGCAAUGCUACCAAAUACUAAUUGAGUGUAUGUAAACUUCUAACCCACUGGGAAUGUGAUGAAAGAAAUAAAAGCUUAAAUAAAUAAUUCUCUCUACUAUUAUUCUGACAUUUCACAUUCUUAAAAUGAAUGGGUGAUCCUAACUGACCUAAGACAGGGAAUUUCUACUAGGAUUAUUACUAGGAAUUGUGAAAAACUGAGUUUAAAUGUUUUUGGCUAAGGUGUAUGUAAACUUCCGACUUCAACUGUAGAUAAAUAAUAUUGUAUUGGUUAUAUUGUGUAGAUUCCGGCAUUGGGGAAGCACUACUCUCAGCGAUGGGCUCAGGAGGAUCUGCUGGAGGAACAGAGGGAAGGAGCACGAGCCAACGACAAGAAGAAAAGCUUCAUGGGACCACUGUCUGAACUAGACGCCAAAGGUGAGGGCAUGCUAGGAGAUGGGGAUGACGACAUACAGCAUGUAUUGAGUGGAUGAGCCUUCACAAAUGGGCAUUGUUGUCUUCCUUUAGCAUCAAUCAUGUGUAAUUAUGUCUGAUACAAGGGGGAUUUUAUUCCCUCAGAUGUGGAUGCCCUGCUGAAAAAGUCAGAGUCCCAGCACGACCCACCAGAGGAUGGUUGUCCCUUCGGGCCUCUUACACAGCGGCUCCUUCAGGCUCUUGUCGAGGUCGCAUAUUUCAGGCUUUGUUGUUUACGCAUACAAUUCUAAAUGACUUAAACACAUCCCUGCAAAUAACUAGUUGAUUUGAAUACAUUAUAAUUAUAAUUGAAAUUCUUUAUUUCAUCUUGUUUCUUUCUUGCAGGAGAAUAUCAUAUCACCCAUGGAGGAUUCUCCAAUCCCAGACAUAUCUGGGAAGGAUGGAGGGAACGAGGGGGCUGGGACCUCACCUCGCAGCCAGGGCAAAGCUUUUAGGUAAAGGCUUAUCCUCCAUAAACUAACAUCACCCCGUCAUAACCUUGUAGGAUACACUCUACAGAUACCCUGAAGGAAAAUUUCUUCACAAUAGCAACAAAGGCUUUGUAGAUUACGCCAAUAUAUUCCAAUCACUGAUUACUUCUUCUGCGACUCAGUCACUCACCAAUCAGUCAACUAGAUCUUUCUUUCCGCCGACUUUCCCACUCUUCCUCUUUCCUAGUGUUCCUCACACGCGCUCCCUAGAGGCACGGAUCAAGGAGGAGCUGAUGUCUCAAGGGCUGCUGGAUUCUGAGGAGCGGCCUGGAGCAGGCGGAGACUCAGAGGAUGAGGUGCUCGCUGAGCUCCACAAGAGACAGGCUGAACUCAAAGCCCUUAGUGCCCACAACAGAUCCCGUAAGCAGGAGUUACUCCGGUGAGAGCACAAGAGAAAAGUGCAGGGGAGAAAUGUAAAAUGUACAUGAGCAAUAAGGUUGAUUUAAGGUCCUAAAGAACUGUCUGAUGACUUAGUUUAAGACACGUGUCAAACUCAUUCCACAGAGGGCCGAGUGUCUGCGGGUUUUCACUCUUCCCUUGGACUUGAUUGAUGAAUUAAGGUCACUGAUUAGUAAGGAACUCACCUCACCUGGUUGUCUAGGUCUUAAUUGAAAGGAAAAACCCAAAACCAGCAGGCACUAGGCCCUCCAUGGAAUGAUUUUGACACCCCUGUUUUAAGACCUAAAUGGAGGGAUGUUCUUACGUUGAUGAUGAUGAGUUGCACUUAUAGAAGGCCCAGUUGCUUCACAUUGUUUCACUUCAUCCACCAUCAUAUGUGCAGUAGUGCAUUACCUGAACACUCAUCACAAACUAGUACUGGAUUUGGAUAUUAUUUACAACACUCAGCAUUCAUAGUUUACUCUAACCUUCCCUUCAUUGUCCUCCUUACAGCCUGGCAAAGGAGGAGAUGCGGAAGCAGGAGUUGCGGCAGAGGGUCCGGGUGUCUGAUAAUGAGGUCAUGGAGGGCUUCCGUCGCAUUAUGGCUGCCAGGCAGAAGAAACGCACACCGACAAAGAAGGAGAAGGAUCAGGCAUGGAAAGCACUGAAGGAGAGAGACAGCAUCCUCAAGCUGCUGGAUGGGUAGAGGGGAAAUCAUGUAGGGUGUGGGAAGGAAAUGGGAAGGGGUCGUUUUUCAGUCUGCCAAUGAGUAUAUACUGUUGUAUAUGUGUGUGUCUGGUCAUAUGCUUCCAUGCUCUAGUGGCCAUAAGCAUUUUAUCACAUUUUCUUACUCUAUAUAACUAUCCAAUGGAAGUACAGUGAAUACCUGCAAAGAUGUAGCAUGAUUGUCAUAGUUGUUGAGACUCUGUUGAAAAUGGAGGCAUGCAUUUUUUUCUUUUGAUAAUUCCUGUAUUCUUGUAUGAGUAUGUUAACUAAACUUUCCGUGCACUGUAUUCACUAUUCGAACAUCCUCACCAGAGGAGCUUAUGAUGAUUUCAUGUGGUACUCUGGCGUUUGUUUUUUGAGACUAUAACUAGGAUUGUUUUCCACUGGCAUUUUCCAAGUUCUGUUGAUUUUGUUUAAAUUUUAACGUUUAUAGUGUAUCUCUAGGAUGGAAAAACAAAAACGUAAUGUGUGAAUAAAUAAAUAUCAGGAAAAGGGUUGUGAGGG